AUGACGUCUACCCUCCUCAAAGUCUACCUCACUCUCUCACUCGUCGCGCUACGCGUCGCAGCCAUCCCCCUCAACGUUACGAGUGUUGGUGUGAUUGGAACAGGAUGCCCACCUGGUACUUCGUCCGUCGACGUCGAUAGGGUUGACGGGAAGGUCAGAGUCCGCAUCCAAGGAUACAAGGCUGAAGCCGGCCCUGGCGUUCCUAUUUCCUACGGUCGACGAAACUGUCGUAUCACUCUCGGAUACGCUAUCGCCGCUGAGAAGACGCUCGUCAAAGCACGAAUCUCUGCCGAUGCCGACGUGCGAUUGUCCGCCAACAACGCGUACUACUGUGAUCCAAGUCAGGUAGAACAAGGACAAGGUGGUACCACGAUCGUUGGUCCUACCAGAGGCGAGGCUAUCCUCACCAACAUAAUCUCUCCUCUUGUAUGGAGCCCCUGCGGAGAGCCUACGAUUGUCAACCUGUCCAACGACCUCCGCGUGGUCAAUACCGAUAACAGGGCCGGCACAGGCUCCAUCGUUCUUGACGAUCUUUACGAGGCUACGUUCGUCUGGCGUCAGUGUGGCGAGAUCCCACCGCCCGUACCUGAGCAGCCUGAAGAGCCUGAGCCUGAAGAUCCCGAGGAUCCUACUCCAGAAGAGCCUACUCCGGAGGAGCCUACCCCCGAAGAGCCUACUCCUGAGGAUCCCACCCCGGAAGAACCUGAAGAACCCACUCCCGAGCCUGAGAAUCCUACUCCCGAGCCUGAAGAUCCUACUCCCGAGCCUGAAGAUCCUGAGCCCGAGCAACCUGAAGAACCCACCCCUGAACGCCCUGAGGAGCCUGAACAACCAGCUCCCGAGCGACCCGAAGAACCUGAAGAGCCUGCACCCGAGCGCCCAGAAGAACCUGAGCAACCUGUCCCCGAGCGUCCAGACGAGCCUGAGGUGGAGGCGUAA